AUGUGGGGAAAAAUAGUUAGCAGCGUUUCAAAUGCCCUUGAUUUCAACCAGGCCACGCUAAGCGGCUGUAUUGAUAUUAUAUGCAUCGAAUCAGAAAUCGAGACGCAAAUAAAAAAUGAUAAAAAAAUAAGUUUAAUAUAUAAGUCAACCCCAUUUCAUGUAAGAUUUGGAAAAACAAAACUACUAAGAUCCAAAGAAAAAAUAGUUAAUAUAUUAGUUAAUGGAAAAAGUACAAAUUUACAUAUGAAAUUAGGUAGUGCAGGGGAAGCAUAUUUUGUUGAAAAAACAUACGAAGAUGUAGAAGAAGAUUUAGAAACAUCUCCAUUAUCAUCACCUAGAUAUGAAUAUGAUGAUAGAUUUUUUGAACAUAAUAUUGAUAGUUGUAGUAUAUUUGAAGCAUCAAUUAAUAAUUUUAGAAGUGAUAAAGAAGAAUACGAAUUUGAUGAAGAUGAAGAGAAUGAACAAGUUUUAUUAAAUAAUUAUCAAAAUAAAAAUACUACCAUAUCUGAUAAAUGUAAUCGUCAUGAUGAUCUGUCAAAAAAAAAAUCAAGACCCAUCUUAGAAAGAAAAGUUAACAGUGAUAAUGAAAGAUUAACUCGAAAUUCGACACGGAAUCGUCGAAGUAGUAAAGCUUCCUAUACUAAUGAUAAUACAAAAUCAAACAGAAAAAGAAGUGAUACUAAAAAUGAUAUAAAACAUCCGGAUAUAAAAGAAAAACAAUCUAUAUCUAAAGAUAUUCAUGAAAAACAAAAAAAAUCAAUUGCUAGUAAUAAUGAAGAACAAAAAAAAUCAAUUACUAGUAAUAAUGAAGAACAUACUCAAAAAGAAGAUGGGGAUGUAUUAUAUAAUCUUAAAACAUAUCAAACUGUUCAAAAUAAUAAUUCAAAUCAAAUAGAAAAUGAAUUUGACGAUAAAAAUAUUAAUUCUGAAUGGUCAUGGUCUUGGGGAAGACUACCACAUUUGAAAGUUCAAAACCCUCCAUCUGAUAAUGCUAGCCCUAUUUCAUCAUCCAAUAUAAAAAAAAAAAAAAAUAGAAGUGUUGCUCCUAGUAAUAAAUUUAGCACCGAUAGUAAUAAAAAUAAACCAUUCAAAAAUGAUAAUAUUUUACCAAUUCCUAAUGAUAUAAUUGGUAGAAAAAGAAAUUUCAGUGAAUGUUACAUUAAAAAAACUAAUAACCAUAGUGAAAUUAAAAAAUAUUCCUUAGCAUAUUUAAAUAAAGACAACAUCAACCAAAUCAAAGAUAAAAAUAUCAAUCUUAUUGCAAAAGAUUUAAAAGAUGCAAAAAAUAUAAAUAAAGACACACUUAAUAAUCCUAAUAAAAAUAUAGACAAAAAAAAUGAAUCUGUUAAAAAUAUAAAAAAUAAUCCACCAAACAAUUUAGAAAUACAACGAAGUAGCCAAUCCAAACAAACACGACCUUUAUCUGCUAAUUAUAAUACAAAAUCGAGUGGAGAAAAAAAAGAAUCAAAUCUUAGUCUUCAUUCAAAAGGUUAUAAUUUUACAAAAGACCCACUAAAAGAAGAAAAUAAAAAUAGAGAUAUCUUAGAUGAUAUGAAAAAAAAAAAAAAUAGUUCCAAUGGAAAUAUUAUGAAUCCUACUAUUCAAAAACAAACAUCAAAAAAUAUGUUUGAAUCAAAAGUUAUAAAAACAAAAGAAGAACGAAAAGUGUCAAAAACUAAUAGAGAAAAAAUACAAACUAAUACUCAUGGUGCCAUUUCAGAUGAUUAUAUAGAUGAAGACAUCAAAUCUAAUUAUGAAAAUAAUUAUUAUGAUCAAUCUAUUGAUGAUACACAAGAAAAUGCAUUUGAUGAUGAUAUACAAAAUAGAAUAGAAUGUAGUUUAUGUGGACAUCUAUUAUUAAAUCAAAAUAUUGAUAGUGAACAUAAUGAAUAUAAUAUUGAAAUUCAUAAUAAAAAUAUUUUUGAAGCUAAUAUUGUUACAUAUGAUCAAAUUGAUAGAAAUUCUAAUUUAUGGUAUCAUCCAUCUCUUGUUUUUCGAUUUGACAAAAAAGAUCCUUAUUAUCCUUCAAGGGUUGCUCUACCAUUAUUAGCAUCAUGGGUUGUUUUUAAUCAACCUCUUUCUAUUCUUGCUGUUGAAAAAUUAUUAAAUAGUUCUCUCAACCUAAUUGAAAUGAAAGAUAAAAGUUGGAGAAACUGGUUUGGAGUCUCUAAUGUUGAAAAUAAUAAUCAACUUAAAGAUAAAAAUACAAAAACAGAAAAAAAAAAUAUUUCAAAUAAUACACCAACAAAUAAAAAAGAUGACAAAAAAAAAUCUAUUACAACAUCAGAAAAUAAUCCAAAUACUUAUCUCGAUAAAAAUACAUCUUCUAUCACUUCCACACCAAACAAUAAACUCCAUGCAUCACAACCUCAAAACAGUUCUAAUAAUAAUGCUAGAGAAAGUAAAACUUCAGGACUAAAUAUCCAUCGAAACUCUACCAAUACCUUCAACUUACAAAACUCAAGUAUUUCUAAUGAUAAUACCUUUUUAAAUUUUAACGAUAGUAAUAUUAAAAGAAGUGUUCAAGGAUCAUUGUAUAGCAAAAAUGAUGACUCUAAAAGAAGUAUUAGACAUAAAGAAGAUAAAAUUAAAGUACGUUAUAGAAAAUCAUUAAGACCAACAUCAGAACAACUUCAAUCAUUAAAUUUAAAAGAAGGUGCAAACACUAUUACAUUUUUAGUAACAUCAUCUUUACAAGGUACUAAAAGUAUUAAUGGUACUAUUUAUCUUUGGAAAAAAAAUGCAAAAAUUGUUAUUUCUGAUGUUGAUGGUACUAUAACUCGAUCUAAUGUUUUAGGCCAUAUAAUGCCAAUUGUAGGAAAAGAUUGGUCUCAUGAUGGUGUCUCUCAAUUAUUUAAUAAAAUAAAUAAUAAUGGUUAUCAUAUUUUAUAUUUAACUGCUCGAGCUAUUGGUCAAGCUGAUUCUACUAGAGAAUAUCUAUUUCGAUUUAAAAGAAAUGAUAAUAAACUUCCUGAUGGUCCUCUAAUUUUAAGUCCCGAUCGACUUUUCCCAUCCUUCAAAAGAGAAGUUAUUGACAAAAAACCAUACAUUUUUAAAAUAGCCGCAUUACGUGAUAUUAGAAAUUUAUUCCCUUCACAUCAUAAUCCAUUUUAUGCCGCCUUCGGAAAUACAGAAAGUGAUCAUCGAGCCUAUAUAUCUGUCGGCGUCCCAGAGGCAAAGGUUUUUAUAAUUGACAACAACGGAAUAGUGCAUCAUGUCAACUCCACCUACGCCAAAACGUACGAAACGAUGAGUGAAAUAACGGAGUACAUGUUUCCGAGCAUUAAAUGUGACAAGAAAAGAGAAGAUGAUGACCAAUAUAAUUCUUUUCAAUACUGGAAAAUGAACAGCCUAACAUACUAUGAAAAAUAUAUGGAUAUAAGUGACAGCAGUUGA